GUGCUUCUCAGUGGCAACGAGUCUUAUUCUUCUUCAUUAAGACGAAACUAGUACUAGUUUACAUUCAAAAUUUUAUCAACAAUGGCCGGUUUUGACUUUUCCUAUGAAGAAUCCUUUAAGUUGGUCUCUUUGAAAGCUUACCUCGCCGAGUUCAUCUCCACUUUACUCUUUGUUUUCGCCGGCGUUGGAUCUGCCAUUGCCUUCGGAAAGCUGACGGAGAAUGCGGCGCUUGAUGCGUCCGGACUAGUGGCGAUUGCGGUUUGCCACGGUUUUGCCCUCUUUGUGGCGGUUUCAAUCGCAGCUAACCACUCCGGUGGUCAUGUAAACCCAGCCGUCACUUUUGGCCUUGUUCUCGGCGGAAAAUUGAAAAUCGUAACCGGACUUGUCUACUGGGUUGCUCAGCUUCUCGGCUCCACCGUAGCUUGCUUCCUUCUCAAAUUUACCACCGGUGGUUUGGCGAUUCCAAUCCACAGCGUUGCAGCUGGAGUAGGAUCCAUAGAAGGAGUAGUAAUGGAGAUCAUAAUCACAUUCGCAUUGGUCUACACAGUGUAUGCCACAGCCGUUGACCCCAAGAAUGGCACUCUUGGAACCAUUGCUCCACUUGCUAUCGGACUCAUCGUUGGUGCUAACAUUCUAGCCGCUGGUCCGUUCUCUGGAGGUUCCAUGAACCCUGCUCGUUCCUUUGGACCAGCUCUUGCGGCUGGAGACUUCUCAGGACACUGGGUCUAUUGGGUCGGUCCACUUGUUGGUGGUGGUCUAGCUGGAGUUAUCUACUCUAACGCUUUUAUCACCGAGCCCACGACCGAGACCGAGUCCGAGCGUGUCCCUCUUAUUUCCUCUGCUUAAAUUAAACAUUGAUUACAAAUUAUGCAUGCUUCGUGUGUUGUUUUUUUUUAUUUUUGUUUGUUUUUUAGUUUGGUUUUCUUAUUUCUCAAUCUUUUGCUUGUUUAAUGAAUGAGUUUGGUUCGGUU